AUGGAUAGUUCAAGAGAAGCAGUCUCCAAUCAACCGACAGAGAGCAUUGAAGCGAAAACGAAAACGUCAUCGAGCAGUAUUCGAAGGAGGAAACCUUUGCGUCGCAUUUGGUCUCGAGGAUUACCAUCAUUAGCAACGAACACCGUCAAAAUGGUCGUAGCAACUUUACAGAUUGGUUCCACAGCGAACGGACAAGCGACAAGAGAAGAAGAAGAGUCGGACGAUAAUGACGACGAGAAUUCAAUCGAUGAAGAAUAUCACAUUGGUCAACAAGUUCAAGCACACAUUCCAGAUAUAGUUUCGAAUAAUCUGAAUGAUUUAAUUGAUCAACAAGGGAGGAUUUUAAUUCCAAAUGAACAUAUGUACAACCGAGUAACAUUGUUAUUUCUCGACGUGUCCGGAUUUACGUCUCUAACUGAACAAUAUUCGAAUGACGCACAUCUAGGCAUUGAUCAAUUGACUCACACGUUGAAUUCCUAUUUCGACAAAUUAGUUUCGGAAAUUCUCUCGCACAAUGGUGAUAUAUACAAGUUCGCUGGUGACGCUAUACUUGCACUAUGGACUGAUGAAUCGAACGGAGCUGAACAAGCAUUAAAAUGUGCUCUAUCAUUGCAAGAAAAGUAUGGUGCAUACGAAACGAAUGUUGAUGUCGUUCUACGAAUGAAAGUAGCGCUUGCCUAUGGAUCUGUACGAAUCUUAUUCAUUGGUACAGACGAAUUCAAGCAUUAUAUAUUGACAGGUGAUUGUGUUAAAGAUGUGAAUAUUUGUGAACAACUAUGUGAACCGGGAGAUGUUAUUAUCACUGGAGCAGUUUAUGAACAAGUUCAAUCAAUCGCAUUGAAUUGUGAAUAUGCUCCAAUUCGAGAUGAAUUGGAAGGAGAUAAUCAAUAUUUUGCGGUGAAAUAUUGCGACUUGGAAGAAGAUAAUUUUGAUGCGACGACUGUUAGCGAUCGACUAACGCCUUCAUCCUACGAUAUAUCUAAUGGAAAUCAUUUCUUCGAUUAUGAAUCAUCAAAUAUUAGUCCUCAUACUCAAGCACUGUAUGAUAAAAUCGAUAAUCUAAUGAAGACAUUUUUACUUGGGUGUGUUUAUCAACGUCUUGAUCGUAAACAAUCAUUAGAUUAUCUAUCGGAAUUGCGACGUGUGACAAUCACAUUCAUUAAUCUUGAUAUUUCUGAUGAACAGUAUGAAGAUAAGAAUCUUUGUCAACAUGUUCAGAAGGUUUUCAUCCAAAUAUAUGAACUAACGAAAAUGAUGGGCGGAGUACUGACCAAAGCAUUGCUAUUCGAUAAAGGUUGGUCAUUUCUCUGCGUUUUUGGUUUACCAGGCUAUAAACAAGGUGAUGAUACAGCCAAUGCGCUCAAAUGUGCACAUAUGAUUCAUUCAACAAUCAAUAAGCAAUGUGAAUUCAUUAACAAAUGCUCAAUUGGUGUGGCAACCGGUUUGACCUACUGUGGAGUUGUCGGACAUGCUGCACGUUGUGAAUAUACAGUGAUCGGUCGAAAAGUCAAUCUGGCUGCGCGGUUGAUGUGUAAUUACCCGAAUACAAUCUCCUGUGAUCAAGAAACCUAUUACAAUUCACGGUUAAAUAGUCGCUUUUUUCAAAUUCUACCGGAUAAAAUUUUGAAAGGUAUGCACAACGUGGGGAUCAUUUGGCAGUAUAGUGAAUAUCAAGAGAACGUCCAAAUGCAGAACAAUUCAAAUCAAGGGGAGAUGAUGAUCGUGUCCGAUGGAACGUAUCCGUUGCUCGGACGAAAACUAGAAUUGAUGAUAAUCGCAGUGCAAAUUAUGUUAAUGGAUGAACCCAUUAAUAAACGACGAGAUCUUGCUGCUAUCAUUUUCGAAGGCGAUGAUAAAAUCGGUCGAAGUCGUUUACUACAAUUCAUUGCUGAUUCGUUUGAAAAUGUCAAUCAUGAAACGAGUACCGGUGUGUCGUGUUAUGAUAAUACAUACAUUCCCUAUGAUUCAACAAUUCCGAAUAAUGCCUCAAUGACUGCGAAUGAGAAUCUCACGAUGCGUUUGUCAUCGUUAAGCGCAUAUGGAAGUGAUUGUUCGACAAUGAAAAAACCAUUGAUACGUGUUAUCAAGUACAAUUGUCAAUUGGAGCAACGUUUUAAUGAAUUCAGUCUACUUCGAUCAUUACUUCGACAGCUAUUGAACUUUCAUAAUGAUGAUAAAAGUCAAUAUGAACGUGAGCAAUCGAUUCUGCGUUUGUUUGAUAUAAACAAAUCGCAUGAUUUAUAUCUACGACGAAAUCUUUUCUUGUUAAAUGAGCUAUUCGAUGUAAGAUUUCGUCGUAGUCAUAUCGAUACAGAAAAUACGAAUGAGAACAACUUCGUUCGAACUUAUGAAACAAGCAUCAAUGAAUUAUUACUACACAUUCUCAAUCAAUUGAUCGAUUCGCCAACAACUAUCGAAGAUAUGUAUGGAAAUACGCUAACUACGCUAAAUUCGUCAUGUGCUCAGCCAAGAUGUUCGUCAAAUUCAAUAGCAAUAACAACUCAAUUUCCGAUCGCAACGGCAUCGAAAAUCUUGUUUAUUAUUGAUGACAUUCAUUUCGCUGAUGAAAGUUCGCUGAAACAUUUACUCACAUUGGGAAGUCAUUGCAAAUGUUUAUUGAUUCUCUCUAUGAAACCGCCGAGUAAUAAUAACAACGAUCGACGUGCUUCAUAUAUCUUACAAACUAUCCGUACGGAUUCACGAGUUUAUUUGAGAAGGUUACCUGGACUUGAACCGCGAUAUCUUGCAACGCUUGGAUGUCAGAUAUUAUCUGUACAUAAACUGCCAGCGAAAUUGAUCAAAGUGUUAAACGAAAGUUGUAACGGUGUACCUGGCUUUUGUGAACAAAUUCUGUUCGAUCUCUUGCGUAAAGAUAAGAUUUAUGUUGUAGAAACAACUAGUAUCGAUGAUCAGGACGCGAAUUUAACCGAAGGCGAUGCGGAUAAAUUACUGGUGAAUUUACCUUCGAACAACAGUUUAUUUCAAUCUCUGUUUUCUCGUCGAAAACAGUCUCUCAAUGAAAAACAACGUCAAUCCAAAAUCUUCUCACGUAUUUGCCUUUUACGAGAUUCGACUUCGAAUGACGUCAUCUCUCUUUGCCAACAAAACUUUCAAAAUUAUAUCAUGUGCCGUAUCGAUCGUCUUUCCGAUGGUGAAAUCUUUCUCAUCAAAACUGCUGCGGUCAUUGGAAACACAUUCUCUCGAACAUUUCUCUGGCAAUUGGUCGAUUCGAACUCGAAAAAAUCCAUCAACAUUAACUCGUGUAUUUUGGACAUGAUGCAACGAUCAGUUAUCGAAUGUGCAUACCAACAACAGCAGAAUCCAAAACGACGUUCAAUUCAAUGUGCUUGUCUACAUAAUCCAACCAAUUUUCCAUCGCAAUGUCGUCUAAUGGCAUUUACACAUGUAUCGAUACGAGAAGGUAUCUACAAUUCCUUGACAGAUAGUUUAAAACGUUCGAUAACACGCAAUGCUAUCGAUUAUCUGGAAAAACAAUGCACGAUUGUUUGUUCGACCUGUGGACCGAGAAAUGAUAUUCCAUUUUUCGUGCAAAAACAAGAUGGACUGACAAAAGUUAUUAAAACUAGUCAACAGCAUGGAUUUGUGGAUAUUGUGAAGUUAGCUGCAUUACGAGAAAUUGAUAAUGCAAUCAAACAAUCGAUUCGGUUUGGUGCGAUACAUGCACAAAGAAAACCCAGAUCAAAUACAUCGUCGAAUCUACCGCCGGAGCCUAUUACUGCACCAGCUGGAAAUUCAAGUACUACUGCACAAAACAGCUUGACAAAGGUGUUGGAAAAGCGUCGUAAUAGUAUCGAUGCCAGUGGAUUCAAUGCUUGCCGAGCAAGGCAACGACUUUCCUCGUUGAUUACUCCGGUUGAUGAAAAUAAAUCUGAAACUAAAGUCGAACAAAAUGGCGAGAGUCGACCUUUAAUUGAUGUCCAUUCUAAUAAUAAUAAUAAUAACAAUAAUGAUUCUUCAUUGAUACCUACAUCUGCGCAUUGGCCAUUGACAUCAUCGAGAUCCAAUCCUCUGAUUAGUCUUAUCAAAUUUCCAAAAAAUCGUCUUCGCAAAUCAUCAUUAUCGAAUCGUCGAUUACUGAAAACUAUCGAUGAAUUGAUUAUCCCAGACAAAAGUAGUCGAAAAGAGGUCAUUGUUGAGCGUGCGCGAAAACGGCGAGCAAGUCGCUCACAACGUGUACGUUCAUUUUUUCACUAUAUAUUCUGCCAAACCGUACCGUCGCAUUCACCAGCAUUUUCGACUGAAGAUACAAACAAUCAAUCAAUGAAUCAUAAGACUCUGAACACGAAAACGAUCUCAAAAUCUGAUCAUAUCUCACAGGAACCAAAACUGCUACGUAAACAAUCGUCACAUUGGCAAACAGUUCGUCAAGUGUUGAUUCCAUCUCCGAACAAAGUUCUGCGUGCAUGUCCAAGUGAUCAGGAAUUACUUGAACAGCCAAUGUUUUCACCUGAAUGCAUGUUAAAUGUUGUCAACGAUCUAAAUUGUCUAAAUCGACAAACCUACCAAACGCGAACAUUUCAAAAUCUCUACGAUCAAUCUUUUCGGUUUCAUAACUUUCAAUCCUAUGUUCAAUAUCGAGCAUUGAUUCAUUAUGUUCACGACGCUCACCAACAUGAACCGGAAGAACCGAAUUUGAACAAAUUCGUCAACGAAUUCAUUACUUACAACGACCUACGUAUAUGUGAAUGUCCUGAUUACGUUUUCGCAGUUUACACCAAGCUUUUGGAAUAUCACACGAAUCUGUAUGAAAAGUUGGUCGAUGAGUUACGCAGUGAUCAAUUCGAUCGUAUAAUGUACUACCGAAUAGAAAUUUGCAAUCUACUAUUACGUUCGAAUUGUCUUCAACGUUUACUCGUUGAAAUUGAAAACGGACGAAAACUUUGCAGUCAGUUACAACGUGAUACACUCAAUCAAGACACAUAUACAUAUAAAUAUCAGUAUUAUCUCACGAAAUAUACAUACAACCUUUUUGAAGCGAUCGUUUUGCAGGCCACAAGAGCUAUUUGCGAUGCGAAAUUAUUAUGUGAAGAAAGUUUAGAGGAAUUGAACGAAUUUCGUGAAAGUCAAACGUGGGAAGAAGCAAAAUCUAUGGGGAACGUGCUUGAUUCAUCAUCAGCAAAAGAUCGACGAUUGCAAUACGAACAAAGUCGAGAUGUUCUAUCAAACUUUAGUCAUACGUCUCAAACAUCGUACAUUGAUCCGUUGAGUCCAUUCAUUGAUAAAUACCGUAUGGAAUAUCUGAUAUGUCAAUAUUAUCUUCUGCAAUACCAACUCUCUCGUCAUCAAUCGAGCGAAGCACGGAAUACUUUGAUUAAUUCGAAUUAUCACAUUUAUCCUAUCUCUUUCUCUCUUCCAUGUACAAUUAUUCUAAUCGAAUACUUCUAUUGUGAGAUGAACUACAAUCAAUGUUCAAUUCUAAUGAACAAUCUCAUUCGAUUCUGGUGGAACUAUGUAACACCACGCGAAAAACUCGAACUAGGUAAGCUGAUAAGUUUAUCGCUGAUCAUCCUACUCAAGCAAAGUUCAUUGGAACCGGCAAUCCUCUCCGGUUACUUUUCCAAACGUAUCUUAACUGGUUAUCACGAAAAUAUUUUCUUAAUCGAAACAUGUAUCCAUUUAACUAUAGCAUUGAUCGGUGAAAUGCGCAUAUCUAACAUUGAAUUGAUUUUGCAACAUCUCGAGUAUUUGAGCGACCAAACAAUGAACAGUUAUGCGAAACUUUGGUAUUAUACAUUAGUUGUCGAUGUCGCUAUUGAACUUGGAUACGAACUAAUACCGAUCACAGUGGAUUUUCUGGAAAAUGUUAGUAAAUAUCGGCGGAAACUGUUAACCGGUCCUCAUCAACGAAGUUUAUUGAUUGUCUAUAGCGAUUGUACACUGGCACAAAUUUAUAUACGAUUAGGGAAUACGAACAUGUCGAAAAUACAUUUUCAACAAGCGCUACAUCAAAUCAAAUACGAUCAAAUGCAUUUAUCAAAUGUUGAUUUUCGCUUCAAGCGUGCUCUUUUAAAACUGAUUGAAACUCAGUUACUGCAUUGGUAUCAUACAAAAGAGUCGGAAGAAACAAUAACUAAAGAAUGUUUUCUGUUAACUACGAUUGAAGAUCAUGUUAAUGACGAACUAAUUCCAUGGAAUCGAACGAGAUAUCUCAUCUAUCAAGCGUAUUACGAUCGACUGAUCAAUGACUAUAAACGCAUCCAGAAAUAUUCAAUUGAUAACGACUUUCAAUGGGAAUUGAGUUUGCAACAAGCGGAAAACCAAGCGAUUAAACUUGAUCUCCUGUGGAUCAAGCGCUUACGAGCAGCAUGGAUUCUUUCCGUUUCAGAGCAAAUUUCGUUAGAAGUCAAUCAAUGUUCGUCGAUUGGACGCUCACGUCGAUCCACUGUCAUGCAAAAGCCACCCACUCGAUUUUUUCUUCGUCCAUCCAUGCCACAUAUAAAACUUUCUCCGAAAGUUGAACGAAAUGCUGAUGAACAACUAAGCAAGAGCGCUCAUACGUAUUCUCAUCAGAACUUCGUUGAUUGGCGUUUAUUUAUACCAAAAACUAGUUUAACACAAUUCCAACUUUACGUUCUUCCGGUGUGUGUGUGA